GGGGUCCUGGCUGGGGGAGGACAGGGUUGCGGCGGGCGGAACGGUGUCUCCUUCACUUCGCCCUCCAGCCGCGGCAGCUGCAGCCCGACCCUGAGCGAGCCAAGAGGCGGCGGCGGCGGCGCACUCAGGAGACCACCAGAUCACCUCUUCCCGCGGCCUCGCCAUGGCGACCUACGGACAGAGCUGCGCGCGGCCAAUGUGUAUCCCUCCAUCAUAUGCUGACCUUGGCAAAGCUGCCAGAGAUGUUUUCAACAAAGGAUUUGGCUUUGGGUUGGUGAAAUUGGAUGUGAAAACAAAGUCAUGCAGUGGUGUGGAAUUCUCAACAUCUGGUUCAUCUAAUACAGACACUGGUAAAGUUACCGGGACCUUGGAGACCAAAUACAAAUGGUGUGAGUAUGGUCUGACUUUCACAGAAAAAUGGAACACUGAUAAUACUCUGGGAACAGAAAUUGCAAUUGAAGACCAGAUUUGUCAAGGUUUGAAACUUACAUUUGAUACUACCUUCUCACCAAAUACAGGAAAGAAAAGUGGUAAAAUCAAGUCCUCUUACAAGAGGGAGUGUAUAAACCUUGGUUGUGAUGUUGACUUUGAUUUUGCUGGGCCUGCAAUCCAUGGUUCAGCUGUCUUUGGUUAUGAGGGCUGGCUUGCUGGGUACCAGAUGACCUUUGACAGUGCCAUCAAACUGACAAGAAAUAACUUCGCAGUGGGCUACAGGACUGGAGACUUCCAGCUACAUACUAAUGUCAAUGAUGGAACAGAAUUUGGAGGAUCAAUUUAUCAGAAAGUAUGUGAAGAUCUUGAUACUUCAGUAAAUCUUGCUUGGACAUCAGGUACCAACUGUACUCGUUUUGGCAUUGCAGCUAAAUAUCAGUUGGAUCCCACUGCUUCCAUUUCUGCAAAAGUUAAUAACUCUAGUUUAAUUGGAGUGGGCUACACUCAGACUCUGAGGCCUGGUGUGAAGCUUACACUGUCUGCUCUGGUAGAUGGGAAGAGCAUUAAUGCUGGAGGCCACAAACUUGGGCUUGCCCUGGAAUUGGAGGCUUAAUCCAGCCGAAAGAAACCUCUGGAAAUGGAUAUCAGAAGAUUUGGCCUUAAUAUAUUUCCAUUGUGACCAGCAGGCUUUUUUUCUCCCCUAAGAAGGUGAUCAAAACAAAGGAUAAUCUAAACAAGAGCUGUAUUUUAAAUAUUUAGACAGUUACUUGUUAGCUGGUUUCUAGUUGAAUUGGUUAUCUAGUUACCAAUGCUGCGGUCGUGCAGUCACCCAUACAUUAUUUAAAUGUAUUUAACUGUUAAAUGCGCUACCCACCAAUAAUGAAAUAGACCUUUAUGAAAACUGUGCGAUGUGUGCAUGUUUGUUUUUAUGCUCCAAAACAUUGACUAUUGCCAUUAAGUGAGAUAGAUCAGUGGAUGUUUUAAGGUGAGGCUGAAGAUUUUUUGUUAAAUUUAACCAUCAUUAGAAUUACUUUGGUAUUCCAGAACAUUACAAAUUAUGAAUAAAACAAGUGUACAUAAUUAAUGACUCCAAGUAUUUGCAGAGUUAAAAAUUUGCCAGCUAGGGUCAAAUCUCCCCGGUAUCUAGUUAAUACUUGAUUUUUUUUUGGUGAGCAUUUUGCUCUUUACUUAAAUCUGUGCCACAAAGUUCCUUGUGUCCCUAGAAUAACGUGAUUACAAUAAAAACAAGAGGACAUCUAAAGUUUCCAAGUUGUUGCAAAGUUACAUUGAAUCCUGGUUAACUCUAGAGGUAAUUGGAGAGUAAGUGGCAGAGGGAAAUGUGUGAAUGGUGCUGAAAGUUUGUGCACAAAGGGCAUACCUCAGCCAUGGCUGUAGAUGAUGAACUAGGCUCUAGAUCAGUGGAUGGAGUAAAGUGUAGACAGUGUCUGAAACUGAAAGAGCUGCGAGGGAAAUAUUCGGGCCCUAGCCUGAUGUCAUUACUCAUUUUCUUCCAGCAGAUACAUGAAAAUGCUGGACCAAGGUAUGAGACCAGGGGCAACCUCCCUGACCUUUACCUGGACUUCCUAUGGGUGUGAAUGAUUGAUGGGUGAUUCUGCUUGAAACACUGGAAAAGAGCAAAUUUUCUGGUGGGAGGAGGCAAUUUGAAGGAUAAAAUGAAAGGUUAGAGAAAGGGGGGGGAGAUUUGUUUAGCACAUCUGGAAUAUGAGACCUGAAGUUGAGUUUGAAGCUUGAGAAACAGGUAAGAAAAUGGUAUACCCUUAGGUAUAUGCUAAAAUCCUGUAGGUUGAGAUGAAUCUGAUGAGGUGGAGUUCAAGCAAGCUCUCCACACUGACUUGAGAGGGACACAGAAACCCCUUCUGGUCUCAUUAGGUUUGUUUUAAUGGAUUGGCUGGGGUGGCCCACAUGAAUCAGAUUGAUUCUUCAAAAGGCUUUCCCCAGACAUAUGUCUCAAUGGCAACAGGUUGGAAUUUUGAGUCAGGACCUUAUUCAGGUGGGAAGGUAAUAGGAAAAGGUAAAUGUCCAAGCUAGGCAUGAAAGCAUGUCAGUUCAACAUAGACCCACAGAUAACUGAUCAGACUACUCCUGGUGCCCAGCAGGAAGUCUGGUUACAAGACUGGCUGGCCCUGAAGCCCUCUGGAUGGCCUGCUGCUCUUCAGUUAACCAGUGUGCUUCAUGCUGCAGUUGGAGCUCACCUGGCUCAGUAGUGUAGACUGAAGUGCCCAAGUAAGUUACAGUUUGUCAAGGAUUUCCUUAAAUAAGAUUGGAUCUAGUCACCCAUGUGUACCCCAGUAUGCUUCUAGGAGUUAGGGAGAAAGAGCAGUGUUUACCAGGGUCUUGAGGGUGUGCAGAAUGCAAGGUAAACUAUGAGUGGUGGGAUUGGGUUCUCGCAGCUCCUGUGGCUAUGGUUCCAACAGUUUCCGGGUGCACUUCUACCACCCUGGCCUUAGUGUUGUGUUCCAUACAGCUACUCCUGCCUGUGGCCUUGAAGUAGUGUUAGUGAGGUAACAUUGUGUGGGAUUGGGGAGAUUUGAAGGAGAAGCAAAAUACCUGGCUUGAAGGUGCUGGGUAAAGCCUGGCUCUAGUACCCACUAAAGGGUGGUACAGGAAAGCCUGAAGUUCUUUGUCUUCCUCAAGGAAAUGUGUUAAAGAUUAACGGUUUUACCUUGGACAGCGGCAGUCCCCUCACCUUCCUUCAGGACUUCAGGGGGAGAGCUGGGAGAUUUCAAGUCAACCUUGAGGUAUUCAGGUCUAGACCAAGAGGCCACUGACCAGGGCUUCUACGGCAGAGGUGAGGCUGGAUAAGCUGGCAGUUCUGUGAGAACGUGACAGACUGCCAGCACAACUGGCAUAACCUACAAAAAUUCUUGGUAUUUGGUCCUCUCUUCCACUGUCAGAUCCCAGGAGUGGUCUUCUCACCAGUCCCAGGAACUUCACCUGCCUGGGACAGAGAUGUAGGAGGGAGACCAAGAGAGUUCAACCUUGUAUCUAACCAUCAGCCCCUGCCAGGUGGAAGCAAGCCUGAGGAGCUAGGUACACUGCCAGAUAAAUUAAAAAGACAUCCUACCUGGCCAUAGAGCUACAACACUGGUGCAAGGAGGGC